ACAAAUGGCUACAAAAUCGCUCAGUUUCAAAUUUAUUGCUGAUUUUUAUCAUAAAUGUUUUCAGAGCCAUAAAAGAUGUGUUUUCUUGUGUGUGUUUGGUUAUUCCCUGUAGGCAAUAGUUACAGCAUCCGUCCUGUGAGGCAGCGGCCAACAUGUGCAGGGUGAUCCGCCGCUUGGGUUCCUUAAAAACCUUGAAGAUUCUUGUGAUCGCCUCUCCUGUUCUUCUUGUUCCUGUAAGUCUGAUGGUGGGGACCAUGCGACUGUCUGGGACAAUCACCCGAUUCCUCAUUCACAGAGACACCCUGUCCUCUGUGCACGUGACCUAUGAUGACACGUGGCUGCAAGCAGCACACACGCGCAGCGCAGCCUCGGGGUAUGAGGAGCUUUACGUGGGGGACCAGCCGCUCUUCGAGCCUUGCAACACUUCUCUCCCACCCGGACAACCAGCUUGGGGACCGUACAAAUACGUCGGACCGUUUGAGUACGUGAAGGGCAGCAAGAACCCUUGCUGGCACAGUGCUGCAGGGAGGCUCAGUUGUGUCCCCUACUUCUACCUGGCGGGCGUGUCCAAGAGCGGGACAUCGGACAUCUUCCAGCGCAUCUCUCACCACCCUGACGUCAUCGUCAGCCACAAGGAGCACCACUGGUUCGACAGACACCGAUAUUAUUCAAGAAACUUAGAUGACAACUCCUCGUUUGAAUGGUACCUAGAGAGGUUCAGGAAUGUGACACAAGCCAUUCAGCGUGACCUCCUGACCUCUUCUUUCAGCAAGAAAAUCACGGGCGACGGAAGUCCAAGCUACUUCUAUGACAGCCUGCAGUGGCAACGGUAUCCAGGCAACGAGAACUGCACCGAGCCCCGGAUGCUGCUCCCUCACCACAUUCGUCAUCUGUAUCAUGAGGCGCGCAUUAUUUUGUCUUUUCGGCAUCCAGUUUCCAGACUCUACUCCCGUUUCCUGUACGACCACAGAAAAGACAACUCCUCCGAAACCUUUCACAGUUGGGUGGUGGAUGGUCUCGCCAAGUACCUCCAGUGUUUCCGCCGCUGGUCCCUCCGACACUGCGCCUACAAUCGCUCUCUCGCACAGACUGUCCAGUUAAGGAUAAAUGAAAACCUAUACCCAGUAUUGAUGGAAGACUGGUUGAGGGUGUUCCCACGACAGCAGCUGCUUCUGAUCCGCUUCGAAGAUUACUGCCGCAACAUGUCACACGUGUUGUCUCGUAUUUUCACCUUUCUAGACCUGGCUCCGCUGAAUGAUACCGAAAUGACAAAGAUAGCGUCCACGGAGAAAAUCAAAAACAAAGGGACUGGGUACAAGUCUGCCGGACUCAUGCUCGCCAAGACCGCGCACAUCCUGCAGGAGUUCUACCAGCCAUUCAUCCGCCGGUUUGCCCGCUUAGUGGGCGACGACAGCUACCUGUGGACUGACGUCACAAUCUCACACCAGUAAUGCUAUAAUUAUCAUCUUGUCUAUAAGAAAUUCCCAUGGACUGAAGUCACAAUCUCGAUCACACCUGACGUCGAUGUUUUCUGUAUAUAAACCACAAACUUGUAUUACUGGACUGCUGGCAGACGAUUUCUUUACAGUUUACUAAAACGAGGCAUGAGACUACAAAGCUUCCGGUUUAGUCACAUUCUCUGUUUAGGCUCACCGAGACUAACAGCGGAGAACUUCUCGGCAGACAGACAGCAGUCCACCUACACAUGUCCGUGGUACAAUCAUAACGUCUUUCUGUGCACGUGAUGAUGUAGUCGUGCUUCUCGAGUACAGACCUUAAAGGUGGAAUUCCCACAAAUUUGGAGAAAUAAUAUUUUGACUCCAUCAUUAAAAAUAAGUUUUGUUUUUUUACUCUACUAGGUUAUUAUACAUAAUGUUAAAAAUGAUAUGCAAGACGUAUGGUGCUUCACACACUCACAGCACCACCAGAUGGCGACAUGCAGCGCGAGACGGAAGUAGUGUGGGUCAGUACAAAGGAAGAAAGCCUCCUGUGGGCGGAUUUAUGACAAGUUACAAUGCCACUUGACUGCAAAUUACUUCACCACUUGACUGCAAAUUACCUGCCCAUUGACGUCAGCUCAGAGUCCGGCGUCCAUCGCCUCUCUUCUCAUGUCCACCUCGCCGCUACCUGUGCACCCCCGGGAGGGUGUCAAGGGGAAACCAUCGAUGCUGCAAUAAAAAUCUCGCCUGGUUUAUGAUGUCCUUAUUGAUGCAUUUGUUAGCACUUGCUUCUUUUUUAAUUUAUAAGAUAAAAUUGACCCGUAAAAUAAACUCUGUGACUUUUUCUUGCCUUAUCACG